ACUUACACAAAACCGAUUUCGAUAUAUAUAAAAAGUUAUGUUUAAUUGCAAUCCGAAGCGGUGUAGCGCCGUGUUGUCUAGAGUGUAGAAUUACAUUUACACGUUUUAAAGUACCGAUAAUAUCGAUGCUAAUUUGAACUUUAUGUUCCUUUACAAAGUAUUUUCUAAAUUCUAUAUAAAGGAUAUAAUCAUGCGAAAAAAUAAAAAUAAUUUAGUUUAAUUCCAUCAGCGAGCGGGGGCGCAAAGACUCUAUCCUAAAAUAAAAUAUGUCGGACUAUGAAAAUGACCUGUUCAACUUCAUUCCCAUGAACAGGGCAGCUGCGGAACAAAAUAACGAUAAACAGUUGAACCUAGAAGGUCCUAGCAGCAAGCAACUGAAAAAAUCUUCAACGGCUGCAUUUACCUCUGUAAAAAAACUUACACGAGGUGCUAAAAUUAUAAGAAUCGAGAUUUAUGAUACCGAAAACUUCCCCGAUCAUAUAAGUUCAUUAUGCAAUUGUGAUGCUGAGUUAUGUGUGCAGCAUGUGGUUAAAAAUGUUUUUAUGGACGAUGUUUAUAAAUCUGUUAAAGAAAUUGCUUUAAAAGUGUCAGAUAUAAUGCCAUAAAUAAAGUUCAAUCAAUUAUUA